AUGGCUGGGGGCUCAAUCUGGUUGACACUCAUCCUCGUGUCGUGGUUUGCAGCGCUUCACUUCACCGACCCCACGACUGCUGACAUCGUCAUCAUUGGCGGCGGCCUGGCGGGCAUGGCCGCGGCCUUGGAAGCGCUUGAAGCCAAUGCUUCGUUGCGCAUUGUCCUACUUGAAAAGGAGCCCAAAGUGGGCGGCAACUCGGCCAAGGCGUCGUCCGGCAUCAACGCGGCGCAGUCCAAGGACGACCUCGACGCGUACUUGCAAGACACGUUGAAGUCGGGCGGCGGGUUCACCAACCCUGUUCUGGCGCAGACGUUGGUCGAUCAAAGCUUGGACGGCAUCCGGUUCCUUGAAAGCAAAGGCGUGGACCUGUCGGUGCAAUGCCAACUGGGCGGCCACUCGACGGAGCGCACACGGCGCAACAAGACCGGGCCGAACGUCGGGUUCGCCAUCACGUCAGCGCUCAAGAAGGCGAUCGACGACGCCAGCAGUCAGAUUCAGAUCGUCACCGGCGCCAAAGUGACCAAGUUGGUCGCGUCCGACAACGCCGUGUCGGGGGUCGAGUACCACGUGGACAACCGCGACUUCACCGUAUCCACCCCCGCAGUCAUCUUAGCCACGGGUGGGUACUCGGCCAACACGGCGCUGCUCAAGACACUGGCGCCUGGCAUGGAGGCAUUUGCGACGACGAAUGGGCCGUGGGCGACAGGCGACGGACUGGAGCUGGCCACGGGCGUCGGCGCGGCGCUGGUCGACACGGACAAAGUGCAGCUGCACCCCACGGGGUUCAUCGACCCGAAAGACCGCCACAAGUCGACUCGGUUCUUGGCCCCCGAAGCCCUCCGCGGCGCCGGCGGCAUCUUGCUCAACGUCCACGGCCAUCGGUUCGUGAACGAGCUGGCGACGCGCAAGGAAGUGUCGAACGCGAUGCUGGCGCAGCCAGAGAAGCGGUCGUUCUUGGUCUUGCUGCAGACGGACCAAGUGCAGGCGGCGUGCCAGGCGCUGGGUCUGAGCUUUUACGAGAAGAUUGGACUGGUCAAGGUCGUUCCGACGUUGGAAGCGUUGGCCCAAGUCGUGGGGGUGCCCCAGUCGGUCUUGGACGCCGAGUUCGACUCGUACUUGAAGGCGGCGCGGGGACAAGCCGCGGACACGUUUGGCCGGACGGCGUUUGCUAACGUCACGGAGUUGCGCCCGAUGUUUGUGUUGGAAGUGGAGCCCGUGGUGCAUUAUUGCAUGGGGGGCGUGCAGAUCAACGAACAUGCCGAAGUCGUGCUGGGCAACCACACGACGCCCGUGAAGGGGCUGUAUGCUGCGGGCGAAGUGUCGGGCGGACUCCACGGCGGCAACCGCUUGGGCGGCAAUUCGCUCACCGAAUGCUCGGUCUUGGACGCCGAGUUCGACUCGUACUUGAAGGCGGCGCGGGGACAAGCCGCGGACACGUUUGGCCGGACGGCGUUUGCUAACGUCACGGAGUUGCGCCCGAUGUUUGUGUUGGAAGUGGAGCCCGUGGUGCAUUAUUGCAUGGGGGGCGUGCAGAUCAACGAACAUGCCGAAGUCGUGCUGGGCAACCACACGACGCCCGUGAAGGGGCUGUAUGCUGCGGGCGAAGUGUCGGGCGGACUCCACGGCGGCAACCGCUUGGGCGGCAAUUCGCUCACCGAAUGCGUAGUCUUUGGACGGCUGGCGGGCCAGCGGGCGGCGGUGCUCGUCGCUUCGAAAUAUUAAUAUCCCAAGUAGUUUUGAGUGAAUUAUAUAAGCUAGAAAGCCAAAGUUUCGUUAAGGAGCAUUCGUUUGAAGUCCGUCGUUUAAGACUUAUUUGGGAUCGUAGGCGGGGAGGAUUUCACAUGAACCAAAUGGACACUUCUUGUACGUUUCUGGAGUCCCCACCAUGAUGGCCAUUUCAGCAAGGCAACAACAAGGACAACAAGCUGCACACACGUAAUCGCGGAACGUGUUGGUUGUCAUGCCCCGCCUCUGUCGGACUUGGCCUCGCAGCAACGUCACCAACACGACCAGGACCACCGAGCAGCACAGUGACAGCACUUGCAACGUGUUUGCGUUGGAAAACCAAAGCUUAGAAGCGCCUGAGAGUAUACUCUGGGUUCGUAUGCUCGUGGCAGUUGAGACCAUGGCCCCAACAACGGCAACCAACGAACCCCAGAGUACGACAGUGUAACCACCGAACACGUCCAAGCGCGAGCUCACCUGCGCCAGCGUCACGCAAGGACAGCAGCAGGCGAACAAGCCAGCUAGGUAGGCACAACAUACACAUGACGAUCUUGGUUCAUGUAAAAGUACAAACCGUGGGCAACGUGAACUUUAUUGACCCUGUCGUCGCCGCAGCAGAGCGAACCCAUCGUUGCUUGUCAAAGCAUUGAAUUCC